GAAAUAACCUUUUCACGGUCCAGUGACUCGAUUCCUUAUUCCCUCUCCGUGCCUCUCUCUCUCACUAAUGACAGUAGUUAAUUUAUUCCCUUCGUGUCUCCCUCUCCACUCUUCCACAGCAAGUCAGGAUUAGCGGUCACAGAAGCCAUGGAGAUUAAAUCAGCAUUGGUUGCCGUUAUAUUCCCGCUGAUUGCAGCAGCUCAGGUUACCAAUACAGUUCCUUUGGAUACCACACCAGGGAACGAAUGUGGCAAAUCAACCAAGCUCGCCAGUGGUUCUCAAAUCCACCUGACCACCAACGGGAAGACAGAAUCUGGCUACUGUGGUUUCCUCAUCAACCGUAUCGAAGAUCCCAACACCAAGUGCGUGUAUCCAGGAAUGUGCGCGCGCAUCGACGAAUCUAAGAUGAGCUCUUGCCAGUCCAAAGUAGCAUUUACUGGAAAAUACUUUGAUAAAACCCCAGACAGUACACAGGAGCUAAGUUGUUAUAGCAAACCUGUUGGUGCUAAGUUCUGCACACAGGCACCAGCCAUGCGUGUCGAGGUGGUGGAAAAACCUGAUUAUGCAAUGAAGGAUGUCUACGAAUAUGGCUUUAACAUCACCGUGUACACUGAAUGCUUUUCUAGCAGAGAGAAAGUCAUUGUGGAAUACGUGGAAGAUGAUUACAAAUCCCCGGAUAUCGAGUCCGCGUUGAAAAGGAACUACAUCCUUGGUAUUAUCGUGGCUGCUUGUUUAUGUUGCGUUUUCCUGACCAUUGUUAUCAUCAUGAAAUGUUAUUAUAAAAACAAGCCUUACAAGGGAAUCAAAGACGAUAGAUAGAGCGUUCUGCGAUAACGACUCGGUGAUUCACGUCAUCUGUUUUCACAUUAACAAGGUCUCUAGGUCAGUAACAUCACAAACCGUAUCCAGAUGAAUUUCAGCCCCUUAAUUAAUAUCUAUCACAGAUACCCUGAAUCGCCGAGCCGUAUUUACGAACCAUUCUUGUUACCAUUAAGUUUGCUCUGUUCUCUUGUUUUACAUGUAAAAUGUUGAACCAUUUAACAAUGUGUUGGAGAUUCACAACAACCCAAAAGUUUAAGGACGCUUGAUACAAACAAAAACAAUGGAUGCGUGGGUGGAUAUAUAUGUUGGAGUUUAUUUUGGGUGUAAUACAUGAAAGUAUGAAUACAAAAUCCAUAAAAAAUAUAAAUACAUGUAAAUUUUCUUAAGAUGUUUAAAAGUUGAAAUAUAUUACCCUACCUAUAUAUCACCCAGUUUCGGACCUUAGAGUAGAUUACAUUCUAUAUAAUAAAAUUGUUAUUUACUUAUAAAAACAUAAAUUUAGUGUUCAUUUCCAUAUUUUUUUGGGGAGGGGGGGGGUCUUUGUUUGUAGGAAGUGUCGUUAAUUGUCUUUUGGAAUUAAUAGCAUAAUUUCGGAGAUUUUUAUGAAGCCAUUGUAAAUGUCCUCGUUUGUAUCAUGAAGUUCCUACACAACGACAAUUUCAUUGUGAAUUUAAUCAAUGUAUAUUAAUUGUUCUAGAUGGAAUAUGGUGUUGCAGUAGUUGACGUAAAUGUGUUGUAUACUUUGUUUGAUCAUCUUGUUAAAGGUUGUGAAAGCGCAUGAAACGGUGACAUAUGUACAUAAUACUUCUGUACAUAUACCUGAUAUCUUGUUAAAACUUUGUUAGAGCUGAAACUGUUUAUAAAACUUGGAACUUGUGUGACACAAACUUGUUCGUAUGUAUGGUAGUUACCAAGGAUUCACCCCAAAAACAUGCCAGUGUAUAGCAAUGAAUCGGUUGAUCAUACUUGUGUUACAUUUUUACGUUACUAAAACAUAUCCAGUCAACGAAUCUCAGUGUUCUAGUCUGACAGUAAUAUAGAUUUGUUGUCGAGUUUUACUAGAUCUAUAUAUGAAAUUUUCUUAGGUUUUUUGAAAUGUUUUUUGUCAUGCAAUAAACAAGAAUUUUUUACCAUCA